CAGCUAAUUUCCUCCCUAAUUAGCGCUUUUUUCCUGAUUGGAUAAUCCAUCUACCAGGAUCUCACUCUGUUUAGAUAAGAAGCAGCUCUGUGGGAUGGCUCUUUGUCUUUGUUCUUUGUUUGCUGGUUCUUGGUUUUGUUGGAGCUUUGCUAUAAGGUUUCUUGCAUGAUGGCUGACAAGCCUGACAUCAGUGAGAUCUCCCACUUUGAUAAGUCCAAACUGAAGAAGACCGAGACGCAGGAGAAGAACCCACUUCCUACAAAAGAGACAAUUGAACAGGAGAAGCAGUGUGUCAUGUAACAACCUGCUUCUGUUCACCACCAAGAGUUCCUCCCAGGAGCAGGAUGGCUUCUCAACUAACUAAACUACAUGACCAAGUUUUGAAGGUGCUGUCUGAAAAUGGAUGACCUGUUGUUGAACUUGGAAUAAAGUUAUGGACACGA